ACACUACAAGAUGGAUGCCAGACGCGGUGUUAACCUUUCCGCAGGAAAAGUUUUGUUCGCCAAGAAAGAAAGGACCAACUCGAUUUAGAAGCACCGAUAGAAGAUGAGAACACCCACUUAUAUUUUCUUAAUACGAUAUAAUACGCAUUGAAGUUGGUGUAUAUAUUUUAACAAUAGAAUGCCCUCAGAGUUCUGAAAUCGCAGUGUUCAACGAAGUUACGGUACAAAGAUACGAGCUGGUGAAUACAACAGAGGUUAGAGUUUUU